AUCAGACAUUCAUUUCAAAGAUGUAUUUGGAAUUCGAUAAAAACCAUGGCUCGUCGACAUAUCGCUUCCUGUUGACACCGAAACUAUUCGUAUUUUUCUAUUCUUCAAGUCUGGGGUGUCUUAUACCUUUUCUGCCGAUAUUCUUCCGUCUCAAUGGUUUGUCUGCCAUCCAAACUGGCCUAUUGCUCGCUACGAGAUAUCUGAUCUUGUUCUGGUCUGCCCCAACAUUGUCGUUUUUGGCAAGCAAGACGAACACGCGAAAAUGCAUUCUGGUAUUAGCCGUGCUGUUCGGGGCUUUGGCGAACACGGCGUUCCUGUUCACGGCAAAAUAUCAAGGGGAAUCCAGGCCAGACUGUGCUAAAAUAAGUGGAACUUUGAACGAAACUCUUCUUAUAAAUAGCAGCGUUCAUGUGGAUCAAAAGCGUCACGUUUUAGACAAAGUAAACACGAACAAUUCUCUGCAUUAUCAUGCUGCCCACAAUCGGAGCAUCGAGCAGGAAAUAUUCGAUACAGUUGGAUUGAAAUUCGAUAAACAAUUUUUAACGUUUUUGAUCAUCGUGAUUGUGGGAACUUUCGUGUCAAGUCCUGCGAAACCGCUUCACGAGUUAGUGAGCUUUGCUAUAAUCAAAGAGCACAAGGCGAGCUACAAUGUACAAAGGCUUUGUGGUGUCAUUGGCUGGAGUGUGAUGUCAUUAGUUACCGCCGCUGUAGUCUUCAACUUGCCGUGCAGUUUUAAGCUAUCGCAAAACGUGUUCGACUUGCAUUUUGGAUUCCAUCUUCUUUUUACGACAACGGGUUUAAUAUUCGCAUUGAUGAUGCACGUUCCUGCUCGAAAAACGGCAACGAAAUUCAAGUUCUGUCGAGUGGUGAAGGUCGCUUGCAAGAACCCGAAUGUCAUCGUCGCAAUCGUUGCCAUGGCAAUUCUUGGCACAGCGCAGUCUGCGGUAUCGACCUACCUUUUCUGGUACGUGCAAGACCUCGGGGGUAACGAGCUACACAUGGGGUUGAUUGUGAUGGCAUCGGGAUUGGCGCAGAUACCCCUGUUGUUCCUGGCAAAAUACAUGGUACAUUGGUUGGGACAUGGCUGGAUGUUUUUCUUAUCCAUGUUCGGCUUCUCAGCGCGGUUCAUGUUGUACACAUAUGCCACCCAACCGGCGACAAUUAUCCCGAUAGAGCUCAUUCACGCUCUAACGUCAAGCUCGAUCUGGUUAACUUCAACCUCCCUUGCCGUUUUGGUAGCGCCAAUCGGCUUCGAACGAUCAAUGCAGAAUCUUUUCACUGCCACGUAUUACGGCUUGGGGAUGGGCGUGGGCGGGGUGCUGGUUUCGGUCGCGUACCAGCUGUAUGGCCCGGGGUCAGUCUUCGAAUUUGGGUCCGCGGUUUGCGCAGCAUAUUCUCUGGUGAUGGCUUUGCUGCAGUGCUUGAUAUCCCCGCCAGACGAGAACCACAGUUUUCCAAUCAACGGAGAUUAUUACAAAGCAGGAGUCGGUGGUAACAAUCAAUCCGACUGGCUGCUUGAAGCUUUGAACGCUGAGGAGGAGGAAAUUCAAUACUCCAGACCAUGAAACCGACUAAGCGAUCAGAUUUGAUUCUUGGAUUUGUGCCAAAUCUUUGUUUGCAUAGGAAUAUGGUUAGAUCCGUGCGAAUUAU